AUGGCUGCUCCAAAGAUACUCGUCUUUGGCAGCGUCAAUGGCGCGCUCCAAUCCGUCUUCAUCAAGGCGGCGACCCUUCAUUCCAAGAACCAGUUCGAUUUCGCCAUUAUUACGGGAAACCUCUUUUCCGAGAACGACGACGAGACCGUUACUUCCCUCCUAUCCGGCGAUAUCAAAGUGCCCUUGCCGACCUACUUCACCGUCGGCACCAAUUCCCUUCCCGCUCGCGUCAUAGCCAAGAUCGAGGCCGACGAGGAAAUAUGCGAGAACCUGCACUUCCUCGGCAAGCGCAGCGUCACCAAGAUCACGGAAGGAGCCCGAAUCGUUGCCCUCGGCGGCUUGCUCGACCGGGAGAUUAUGGGAGGCACGUCUAAGGAGCAGUACCUUCCUUAUCACACGGUGAACGAUGCCAAAGCUCUCAAGGGUGCCGGCAAGGCCGAUAUCCUGCUCACAGCCACCUGGCCCGCCGGCGUCUGGGCCGGGUCUAAAGUUGCCAUUACACCCGAAAACCAGGCUGCUCUUGCCAGCACGCAGGAGGUCGCUGAGCUCUGCGACGCACUUCGACCGCGCUACCACUUCUCCAUGUCCCCCGCCGACUUCUUCUACGAGCGCGAGCCGUUCGUGCACCCUCCCAAGGAAGGGAGCUUGGCAAACGACGCCGUCAGCUUUACGCGGUUCAUAUCCAUGGCGCCGUACGGCAACCCUUCCAAGGCGAAAGCCAUGUACGCCUUCACCCUUCAGCUCGGAGACACCGCCGUCCAGGCCCCCAUCGGGUCGACCGCUUCGCCGUUUGCCGCGCGGGCCCCGAAACGGAAACCGGUCGAGGACGAAGGGUACAACCGAUUCUCCACUGGGCACGACCAAGGCCGACACCACGGCGGACGGCGCGGAAAGCGGCGUCAACGCUCCCCGCCCCCGGGGCCCGACCGAUGCUUCUUCUGCCUCUCCAACCCCAACCUCCCCCUCCACAUGGUCUGCACCGUCGCCGAAGACAGCUACCUUGCUACUGCCAAGGGCCCUCUCGCCACGCCCACGACCUUCGCCGAGCACGGCAUCAACUUCCCGGGCCACCUCAUCAUCACGCCGCUCGCCCACACCCCGACCAUCGCCAACUCGGACGGCGUCGAGAGCUACACCCCGGAAGACGCCCAGCGCACCCACGCCGAGAUGACCCGCUUCCGCGAAUCCCUCCAGGCCAUGCUGGCCGCCAAGUCCCACUACAAGCUCGGCGCCGUGACCUGGGAGAUCAGCCGUGCCCGCAACAUCCACUGCCACUGGCAGUUCCACCCCCUCCCCGCCGACCUCAUCUACAAAGGGCUCGCCGAGGCCGGGUUCCGCGUCGAGGCCGAGAACCUCAAAUACCCGCCCUUCCAGGACCGCGAGCUCUCCUUCCAGGACCAGCUCCACCGCCAGGGCGACGGAAACAGGGACGGGGACGGGGACGGCGGCGGCGGCGGUGGUGGGGAUACCGAAGAGGGGAUGGGCGACUACUUCCGCGUCUGGCUCUGGGCCGACAACGGCGAGGACCGCAUUAAGGGCUCCAGUCUCGUCAUGCCCCUGCCCCGCCACGACGGCCCCGGUGCCCCGCGUUUCGACCUGCAGUUCCCGCGCCGCGUCGUCGCUAAGCUGCUCGGCCUCGAGAACCGCCUGGUCUGGCAGGACUGCGUCCAGUCGGAGGAGGACGAGUCCAAGGACGUUGCUGCCUUCCGCGAGGCUUUCCACGAUUGGGACUUUACUACGCAGGGUCAGGAGUCGUCGGGUUGA